GGCAUCAAGCUUUGUGGGACCAGCUUAAGCGACUUCAGUUGUGACACGGUGAAGCAGCUGCUGUAGUCAAGUAAGACUGAGGAGGGGAGCUCUUUCCCUACUCUGUCGGACAGUCGUUCAUUUGUUUGUGAUUUCUAGUUUGCUUUGACUAUAAACAUUUCCGUUGCUCAAAUCUGUCUUUGAGUCAAUGAGGAAGCGUCCCGUUGCCCGCCAGGGGUAGAUCAACAACAGAUUAGCGAGAAAUGCUAGCAAGCUAGCUUUGGGUUGGUUGUAAGCGAGAGAUUUACGGGUUUGUUCGAUCACAGUGGAAGAGAACCGAACGUAAUAACAGCGGAGAAUUGUAGAGAUUUUGUGAGGGGAAACGAGUGAACAAGCAAAAGGUUUCUGGGAGGGUGGUUUAAGUAUCUAGCUAGCUACCUUUUAUAUAAAAAGCUCUAGAUAGGUAUUUUAAACAGAUCGUCGCGGAAUAUGGCUCAGCAUGGACAUCAUCAUGUAGCCAGUUCCCAAAAAGCACUCAUGCUAGAAAUGAAAAGUCUUCAAGAGGAGCCAGUUGAAGGGUUCAGGAUAACUUUAGUGGACGAAUCGGACUUGUACAACUGGGAAGUUGCUAUAUUUGGACCACCAAAUACUCACUAUGAGGGAGGUUAUUUUAAGGCUCGGAUCAAGUUCCCCAUCGACUAUCCCUACUCUCCUCCGGCCUUCCGCUUCCUCACUAAGAUGUGGCACCCCAACAUCUAUGAGAAUGGGGACGUGUGUAUCUCCAUCCUGCACCCCCCUGUGGACGACCCCCAGAGUGGAGAACUGGCUUCUGAGAGAUGGAACCCCACGCAGAACGUCAGGACGAUCCUGCUGAGUGUGAUCUCUCUGCUCAACGAGCCCAACACCUUCUCCCCGGCCAACGUGGACGCCUCCGUCAUGUACCGCAAGUGGAGAGACAGCAAGGGCAAGGACAGAGAGUAUGCAGAGAUCAUCAGGAAGCAGGUCCACGCCACCAAAGCAGACGCUGAGCGCGACGGUGUGAAGGUGCCCACCACCCUGGCAGAGUAUUGCGUCCGCACCCGCGCCCCGCCCCCCGAUGAGGGCUCCAACCUCUUCUAUGACGAUUACUAUGACGACGAGGACCUGGAGGACGAAGACGAGGAUGAUGAGGACUGCUGCUACGAUGAAGAUGACUCGGGAACCGAGGAGUCCUGACGACCCACCAUCGCCUCACUACCCCUUCCUCUCCCCCUUCAUCCCCCCUUAAACUGAACUCAUACUCCAACCCCCCCCCACAGCAGUGCAGCCACACCUGCACGCUAAACCCAGAUGCAUUUUGAAAGAAAGCUACAGAUUUAGUUUGUCCAUUUUGUUUCUGGUGUUUUUAUUUUCCUGUCUGUGGAGUGUUAGAGCUAAUGCUCUACAAAUGAUUCCCAUGGUUUGCUCUCAAUGACCGCUUGCUUUUUAAAGUUUUGGGUAAGGGCUCUGUCUCCUGUAGAGUGUAUAUCCAGACACCGAGGCAGUGUGGAGAGAGAGGCCUGAGCUAGUAGUGUUCAUCUGAACUUGGUGACCUCUCACCUGGUUGACAGCCUUGUGAUGCCGGCCUGCCUGUCACAUGCUGAGGUUAAGGGGACCCCUGACAUUUCACUAUUGGGUCUGGGGUUGCUCACAACUGUCUGCUGAGCUCCAGAGCCUACUAUUACUGUAGGAAUUGGUGGUUUGUAAUGGUAAGGGCAUAUUGCAGACAGUUGAUGUUCUGAUGCACUCUUUUGGAGACCUCAUACAUUUUAGUCAUUUAGCAGACACUCUUAUCCACUAUUUUAUGUAACCUUUAUUUAACUAGGCAAGUCAGUUAAGAACAAAUUCUUAUUUUCAAUGACAGCCUAGGAACAGUGGGUCGGGCAGAACGACAGAUUUUUACCUUGUCAGCUCGGGGAUUUGAUCUUGCAACCUUUCGGUUACUAGUCCAACGCUCUAACCACUAGGCUACCUGUGACUUAGUUAGUGCAUUCAUCUUAAGAUAGCUAGGUGGCACCACCACAUCUCAGUCAUAGUAAGUACAUUUUCCUCAAUAAAGUAGCAAAGUCAGUGCUAGACACCGAUUUGUUUUUUAUAUAUAUUGUUGGUGUGAGGAGUAUGGGUAGGGACUCUGCUGUCAUAGCUUCAAAGGGAAGCUGGUUCCGCCAUUGGGGUGCCAGGACAGAGAAGGGCUUUGACUUGCCCUCCUAUAGGGGUGGGAGGGCCAAAAAAACCAGAGGUGGCAUAGCGGAGUACUCUGGUUGAGGUGUAGGGUUUGAGUAUAGCCUGAAGGUAGGGAGGGGCACUUCCUCUUGCUGCUCCGUAGGCAAGUACAGAAAGGCAGUGAUCAGAGCUGGGGGGGUUUUACCCAUGGCCUGAACAACUGGGUUAAAUACACAGCUCCUAACUCUGAUCACUACCUCAUGGAAUUCCUCACCACUGAUCACUUAAAGAUGGGAGUUGAGGAAUAAUUGUCUCAAUGUGUGUAUAUGCAUGUUUGGGUGGUGGGUCAUUAUUUUAUUCAAAUGUAGUGCAGGAAUGCUUUGCUACGAGAAAAUGUUUGCAUUAUCUCAACAUCAGUCCCUAUGGCAAGUCUGUAACAGUGAUGUCUUGCACAUAAGCGAUUUUGAAUUAGCUGAUUUGCUUAAACUCCUCAGUCACUUUACCAAACAUAUGUCUGUAGAAGUGCUUGCAACGGAAGUGGCUCCCUCACACAAGAUUUGACACAUUAAAUAGAAACUAUUUAACAGUAUUUAACACAACCCCACGUUUGUGUUGCUUCAGUAGUGUGUAAAUGCUCAUUCAUCGUUACGCCUUGACUAUUUGAUGGGAAAUUUGAGAGAAGGGCAUUUCCCAUCGUAAGAAUGCUAGGUAUGUGGAGUGUUGAGUUUUAGGUCAUACAGCCAUCCCACUAGCAUGACGGUGUCCAGCUCGGUAUAGGGCUGUAGGAAAACACUUGAUUCCCAUAUACUCCGUUAUAACUAAGUUGAGUGGGCUUCUUUUGAUGUAGUCUUCUACUUCAAAAUGAAUAAGGUGUGAGCAACUGUUUUUUCCCCCUUACAUGUACUUAGUGCUCUGAUUCUUGACCUUUUUGUUUUAAACACCAUAUCAUGGGGGUUAUUCAUUAGACUUAGUAGUACAUUUACCACCAUUUAUUUUUUCAAUUCAGAAACAUUUAGUUAUUCUACUGUAUUUUUCCAAUAGAGGAAAAUAGGUGAUUUACUGGAAACAAAUGUACUUUUUGUGUUAACAUCUUGAGUAUAAAGCAUGUAUACAUCAAUCUAAUCAGGAAUUUUUAACUGUUUUUACAUUCUACAUAUGGCUGUUGCGUUUCGUGAACAACCCCCAUUUUGUUUUAAGGAAGUGGGAUUUCAUUUUGAGAAGUUGCCAUUUUCAUAAUCUACUGUAUGUUUCCUCCCAAUGUGCUACCUUCCUUCCCAUCCAUACAGACUUUCUUUUUGGUGGUGGCAUCACCGAGGGACCCCCGAUGUUAGUAAGGAAAACAAAACCACAAACUUUUUCACAUCGAAGUGAAUCUCACCACAGCCUCUCACUGCGUGUGGACAACUGUCCCCCCCAACCUAUCACCUCUGCUUCAAAGACUGUAUACAAUCUGGAUAUUUUGACCAUCACUUAAUUUUUUUCUUGUUUGUAUUUUUUAUUUUAUUUUUGGUUUGUAAAUCUAUUUAAAACCAAAAUAAAGAUCUUUCUUAGAA